GUGAAACACCACAAUUAGAUCGGGAGGAUGGUUGUGAUGCCUUCAGGGACCGGUGUGGUCCGUUCACUACAAUCUAGGUCAACGACAACAAUAGUAGUAAUAAACCACGCAUAUAGUUAUAUAUAGUUAUGGUUAUUACAGGUUAUUACUAAGGUAAUAACAGUGUUGUUGUUGUGAUUGACAGGUUAUGAACUUCUGUCUGUUUGUUUGUUUCCUGUUUUUGUUUUUGUUUACUGUUUGUUUACUGUUUGCUCAUCUGUCAUCAAAGGAGAACUGGAUCAGUGGAUUCAGGUCAGGGGUCAGAUUUAGAUUUUAUUUCUAAAACAAUAAUCUUCAAUGUUGAUACUGUGAAUGACGACGAUGACUACUACUACUACUACUACUACUACUACAGUACUACUACUACUACUACUACUACUACUACUACUACUACUGUAUAAAGGGACUGUGUGACCGGGUCCACCGUCAGACCUGGUCCUGGUUCUGGGUCAGUAGACCACUGCUGGCUGACAAGUGGAAAAAUCCCGUGUAAACUCGGAGGACACACUUCUGUGCGUCACGUGUAGCAGCUCUUUGUAAAGGUUAACGCGGCUCUGUGUGCGUAUGUGCGCGCGCAUUUGUGCAUGUGCAGCUCUCUUAACCCCUUCGUGGGCGAGCAGACUGUAGAAGAACAACAUAGGAGUGAGAGCAGCAGCAGCAGCAGCAGCAGGGAUGGGGGCUCGGUCCUCGUCCGUCCUGGAUCCUUGUCCACGCUCUGUGAGUCCACGCGUCUUCACCUCGGCCCGGUCUGGAGCCGAGAGCCAAGAAUAGCCCGUAGGAAGGACGGAGUUCGGUGAAGGCAGCUGCUCAGAGACUUUCAUCAAGAAAGAGAGGAGAGAGAGGAGAGAGAAGAGAGAUAUCCCCCUGGAGACGACACUCAGAGGUGGACGGGCCGACCUACUGAUCCACAUCUGAUCCACUGUGGCCUCAUAGUCUGAACACUGGAUCAGCUGGACUGAACUGGACCUGUCAGUAGAACCUACGGUGACUUCAUCACCAUCCUCUUCGACUUGACCUGCAGCUGCUUUUUUUUUUGCUCUGCUGCUCCAGUAAUAAUUCAAACUGGCUUUAUCAAAACAAAAAUGGAGAAUCUAACUAGCGCACUCAAAACGUUGACCAAGAGCUCAGGGAACAGCCUCGACUGCCUGGAGACCCUCAGCAGUUAUGAGGAGCCCAUCGAAGAGGCUCCAGCUCGUCUGGGGCGCCUGAUCAAACCUAAGCCCAACAUGAACUGCAGGCGGAAGCGGGAGUUCAUUUCUGACGAUAAAAAGGACGCCUCCUACUGGGAGAAACGACGGAAGAACAACGAGGCUGCCAAGCGUUCCAGAGAGAAGCGGCGACUCAAUGACAUGGUUCUGGAGAACCGUGUCAUGGCACUGAACGAUGAGAACGUGAGGCUGAAGACCGAGCUGCUGCAGCUGAAACUGCGAUUCGGCCUCAUAAGCACUGCUUCGUACAUCGAAAAGAGCCAGCAGAUUGGGGGAGGAAGUAACACAGGAAGUGGUGCCUCCCCCUUAUCCUCCUCCAGUCAAUACUACUCCAACAGUUACUCGAGUGGUUCUCAGGUGAUGGUGACAUCAGACUCCUCAGAAACAGAACAAUCAGGACGUAACGAGGGUCACAGGCAACUGGUCAAAUACUCCCCACGAGGUUCCCUCUCCGACAUGUCCGACGGUUCCUCCAGGGACAGCCCCGAGCCACUUCCCUUCGAGAUCAAACAGGAGGGCGACAGGCUGGAGAUGGACAUCGCCAACGGCACCACGACCCAGAUAAUGUUCAACAUCCAUCACAGCCUGGGUUCUGUCCCGACUCACCACCAGAUCCAUCAGCGUUCUCAGGAGCUGGAGGCCACGUACCUCAGCCAGCAGCAGCAUCACAACAAUCAGGAACCUGCUAAUGAAACCAACACUACAGGGCACACCUCUCCUCACCCCCCCGCCGCCCAGAGGAGCGUCAUCCUGUACGGCUCCAGCAGCGCCUCCUACCCUGUGGACAGGACCCAGGACGCGGAGGUGACCACGGCCCAGAACUGUGUAAGCACAAAGACGCCGACAGAGGUGACAAACCAGAGAGAACGGACCAGACCGGAGCAGAGUGGAGGGAGGGAGGUCUACACUGUCCUCCCCCAGCAGCUGCAGCAGGACACUGACUCUCCUGCCGAGCUCCUACACACGCCAGUGGAGGAGGUCAACCACAUGCAGCUGUACCAACAUCUCCAGCACCUUCAGAGUUCAUACCUCAGUGCCCAUGAUGAGGAGCCCCCCCUGCUGGCCUAUGAGGGUGGUUAUUAUCAAGGACGACCAAGCUCCUGUCCCAGGGACACAUCGUCCAACGAAGUGGACCAACGCAUCUCCGACAAAGAGGACGAUGACGAAACCCCCGCCUCCUCCUUCUCAGACGUCAUCAGAUACAACGACCCACACCGUGCAGGGCUCCACCAGCCCCCCUCGCCUGUGCCAUCUUCUCAGGGCUCCACCCAGGGCUGGGAUCCUCAGGCGGAGGUGAAGGCCACCGCGCUGCCCCACAAACUCAGACUCAAGCAUCGCGCCAUGAGCACAGGAAGUAACAGCAGCAGCAGUGGAAACUCCUCUGGCCAGGAGUCCCCGACCUCACCUCCCUCUGCCACACCGCCCCCCCUCCCACAGCAUCCCUACUUUUCCCUUUCUCUGCAGCAGAACAGGGAGAGGGGGGGUCCGGUGGAAGGCCCCGGGGAGAGCAGUCGAAUCAAGAGGCAGGAUUAAGGAACAAUGUGGACUGUUCUCCAAUCAGAACUAUCCUGCCAUCAUGCCUUCGUCCUACAAUCAGACCCCCCCGCCCCCGCCCUCUGAAGCACUUGGGACAGGAAGUUGAGCUUGUCCACACCUUGUAGGGCUGUAAUAUAUUUGUAUAUAUUGUACAGAGUUGUCACUUCCUCUUCAAACUUACAAAGCACUUUUGUUUAUGAUGAGAGGAGGAAUGGAACCGUCUUCUCUCCCACCCCCCCCCACCCCAACCCGGGAAGCACAUUUAAUGACUUAGAAACAAGAAUGUGGGAAAUCAAAAGAGUCUCAGUUUUAUCAGUACACAAAAUGUACACACAAUGUACACAAAAUGUACACAACCUGUGGUAGAGACUUGACCGUAGACAAAUACUCUUGUCUGGCUACUGCCUUAAAACAUCCCAGAACUGACACCAGGUGACAGCCCCUGACCAAAGAAGCACCGACACUACAAACAGGAAGUUCCAUAGCUCUCCCCUCCUCCACCCGUCACCACCGCCAUCACGUCACUAAAGAACACCGUCGCCUUUAUUUUCUAAGCACUUGGUUUGUAUAUUACUGUGAUAUAUGAAUAUAUGUAUGUAUCUAUUCUAAAUAUAUAUUUUACAAAGAAAAUUUGAAUACAAAUUCAAGAAAAAAUGUAACGUGCGGUAGCAAAAUGUGGACGUUUUGGGACGAGACUUAAAAAUGAAACUCAAUCACUGUACGGUCACACAGUCGACUGUCGCCUCAGGUCCCACGUGAAUUACCAUCGCCUCACUCUCGAUUGUUAGCUAUAGCAUUGCUGAUGUUGUCGACGCAGCGUUUACACACAGGCCGUCCAGACGGGGGCGCCAACAGCACUGAACGGAGAAGACGUGGUUUCCUGAGGCCGCGGCCCACGUUAAAAUGUUGUGACCAGCCUUUAACUCUGACCGGUGGAGUUCACCAGCUGCAGGCUCUGAGCCUCUUUAACCUGAGCUUUAUCAAACACGUGUGUUUUUGUUGAUCCAGUGGAUUUAUUUGCCUCUUCUUCAGCUGCCCCUCACUGUUAAGAAGGAACGUAGACGAGAGAACGUGUACAGACAUUUGUAACGGAGGCAGAGGGGGAACCUGGAGCAGAGACAGGAGGAGGAGGAAGUGAGGUCUUGUAGAGUGACCAGGACUCCUGACAGUUGGAUUAUUGGGAAAUAAAUCCUAUAAUUCAACUCCAAACCUCCAAACCAGCCCUCAAAGAGAAGCAGCUGUUAGGAAGUCCAUGUGAAACGGGGUUGAAGAGUUCUGUUGCCUGACAGAACUCUUCAACCUUGACCAUGACCUGGAUGAUCUUCAU